CAUAACAAACAAAAACUCUUUUUUUUUCCUUCAUCCCUUCUUCUUUUAAUCUCCUGAGGUUAUGUGAUUCAUCUCCUUCAAUCUUCUUCCUGUUCACGUUUUUUUUUCUCUCUGUGUUUUUUUUUUGUUUUACGUAUCAGUAGCUAGCUAUGGCGGCCUCCGGCGCUAAAGGGAGUGGACUCGAGCACAUCAAGAAUGAGUCUGUUGAUCUGGUUCGAAUUCCGAUGGAGGAAGUGUUCGAGGAGCUGAAAUGUACGAAACAAGGUCUAGCUUCAGAGGAAGCAGCCUACAGGCUUCAGUUGUUCGGCCCCAACAAGCUGGAAGAGAAAAAGGAGAGCAAAUUUCUCAAGUUUUUAGGGUUUAUGUGGAAUCCAUUGUCAUGGGUCAUGGAAGCAGCUGCCAUAAUGGCCAUUGCUCUUGCAAAUGGCGGAGGUCGUCCUCCGGAUUGGCAAGACUUUGUCGGGAUUGUUUGCUUGCUCUUCAUCAACUCCACGAUCAGUUUUAUCGAGGAAAACAACGCGGGGAACGCAGCUGCAGCUCUCAUGGCCGGGCUCGCCCCCAAAACCAAGGUACUUAGGGAUGGUCGAUGGAGCGAGCAAGAAGCGGCGAUUUUGGUUCCGGGGGAUAUAAUCAGUGUAAAACUGGGGGAUAUAAUACCGGCUGAUGCACGUCUACUCGAGGGUGAUCCUUUGAAGGUCGAUCAGUCUGCCCUUACAGGAGAAUCCAUUCCGGUAAAUAAGAAUCCUGGGGAUGAAGUUUUCUCUGGAUCAACCUGUAAACAAGGAGAGAUAGAGGCAAUCGUUAUCGCCACGGGUGUUCAUACCUUUUUCGGUAAAGCUGCUCAUCUUGUCGACAGCACAAAUCAAGUAGGACACUUCCAGAAAGUUCUUACAGCCAUCGGUAACUUCUGCAUAUGUUCCAUUGCUGUUGGAAUCAUCAUAGAGCUCAUCGUGAUGUACCCGAUACAGCAUCGCAAGUACAGAGACGGGAUAGAUAACUUACUCGUCCUUCUCAUCGGAGGAAUCCCUAUUGCCAUGCCUACUGUCCUGUCAGUCACCAUGGCUAUUGGUUCUCACAGGCUUUCUCAGCAAGGUGCCAUCACAAAGAGGAUGACUGCCAUUGAAGAAAUGGCGGGCAUGGAUGUGCUCUGUAGUGACAAGACAGGAACUUUGACACUGAACAAACUUACAGUGGACAGAAACCUAAUUGACGUGUUUGCCAAAGGUGUGGAUAAAGAACAUGUCAUCCUUUUGGCGGCUAGGGCUUCGAGGACUGAGAAUCAGGAUGCCAUUGACGCUGCCAUUGUUGGUAUGCUUGCAGAUCCCAAAGAGGCUCGAGCUGGUAUUCGAGAGGUUCAUUUCUUCCCUUUCAACCCCGUCGACAAGAGAACUGCGUUGACAUAUAUAGAUUCUGACGGAAACUGGCACCGAGCAAGCAAAGGUGCUCCAGAGCAAAUUCUAAAUCUCUGCAACUGCAAGGAAGAUGUCAGAAGGAAAGUCCAUGCAGUGAUUGAUAAAUUUGCUGAACGCGGGCUUCGGUCUCUGGCAGUUGCAAGACAGGAAGUUCCCGAGAAGAACAAGGACAGUCCUGGUGGCCCCUGGCAAUUCGUAGGCCUGUUGCCUCUUUUCGAUCCUCCCAGACACGACAGUGCUGAAACAAUCAGAAGGGCCCUAAACCUCGGCGUCAAUGUUAAGAUGAUAACUGGAGAUCAGCUGGCAAUUGCCAAGGAAACUGGUCGAAGGCUCGGGAUGGGAACGAACAUGUAUCCUUCUUCCACUUUGCUUGGACAAGACAAAGAUUCCUCCAUGGGAGUACUUCCUGUUGAUGAGUUGAUAGAGAAAUCCGAUGGAUUCGCAGGAGUGUUUCGGUAUUGUCCGAAGUUCACAAAGGCACAACAUCAUGCAGGUUCUGUCUUGAAUCUCGGGUUUCUGAUAGAUUUUCUGGUUCAAAAAAAAUGUGCAGAACACAAGUACGAGAUUGUAAGUAGGCUUCAACAGAGAAAGCACAUAUGUGGAAUGACUGGUGAUGGUGUGAACGAUGCCCCUGCCCUUAAGAAAGCGGAUAUCGGUAUAGCUGUUGCAGAUGCCACAGAUGCUGCAAGAGGUGCUUCUGAUAUUGUUCUUACGGAACCCGGUUUGAGUGUUAUCAUCAGUGCAGUACUUACAAGCAGAGCCAUAUUCCAGAGAAUGAAGAAUUACACUAUAUAUGCUGUCUCCAUCACUAUACGUAUCGUGUUUGGCUUCAUGUUCAUUGCAUUGAUAUGGAAGUUUGAUUUUGCUCCUUUCAUGGUUCUAAUCAUCGCGAUCUUAAACGACGGAACAAUCAUGACAAUAUCAAAGGACAGAGUGAAGCCAUCUCCACAGCCUGACAGUUGGAAACUCAGAGAAAUCUUCUCAACCGGGAUUGUUCUUGGAGGCUACUUAGCCUUGAUGACCGUCGUCUUCUUCUGGGCGAUGAAAGAUACCGACUUUUUCUCGGAGAAAUUCGGGGUAAGACCAUUGAAGGAGCAUCCUGAGCAAAUGAAUGCAGCUUUGUAUCUGCAAGUGAGUAUUAUCAGCCAAGCUCUCAUCUUUGUGACGAGAUCCCGAAGCUGGUCUUACGUUGAACGUCCUGGACUUCUCUUGCUCGGAGCUUUUGUCGUCGCUCAGCUGAUAGCGACAUUCAUAGCGGUUUACGCGAACUGGAGCUUUGCUCGCAUACAAGGAACCGGGUGGGGAUGGGCAGGGGUGAUAUGGGUUUACAGUGUUGUGACGUAUAUCCCUCUCGACUUGCUCAAGUUCGCCAUCCGAUACGUCCUAAGCGGGAGAGCAUGGAACAACCUUCUCGAGAACAAGACGGCAUUCACGACGAAGAAAGAUUAUGGGAAAGAGGAGAGGGAAGCACAAUGGGCCACAGCUCAGAGAACACUUCAUGGACUUCAACCUGCAGACGCAGCCAACGUCUUCAGCGACAAGAACAGUUACCGAGAACUCUCAGAGAUAGCCGAGCAGGCCAAGCGCCGGGCUGAAGUUGCCAGGCUGAGGGAGCUGCAUACACUGAAGGGGCACGUGGAGUCAGUGGUGAAGCUCAAAGGACUCGAUAUCGACACGAUUCAGCAGCAUUACACCGUUUAACAAUAACAUCAAAACUCUUUCUUAAUUAAUAUAUAUAUAUAUAUAUAUAUAUAUAUAUAUGCUAUCUAUAUUAUAAUAUAGGGUAUAUAUAAAUUU